AUGUUCCGUUACGCCUGGUUAUUGAAACAAGCAAAGAUUGCCAAUCUCAUAAACAUACAUGCAAGAUUAAAGUCCACAGAUGGUGAUCGACAAAGAGUUUUGGCUAUUAGGAGAGAGGACAGUUCAGAGUGGGAAAGGAGGGCCCCCCUGACUCCCAGUCAUGUUUUCCAGCUGAUCAAAGAAGGAGUGAAAGUUCUUGUCCAACCGUCCAACAGGAGAGCAUAUGCCAUGCAGGAGUAUGAGAAUAUGGGAGCUAUGAUAAAGGAAGAUAUUAGUGAAGCAGAUGUGAUCAUCGGAGUCAAAUUAGUUCCAAUCGAACAACUCAUUCCCGACAAAACAUAUGCCUUCUUUUCCCACACUAUCAAGGCACAAGAUGCCCAGAUGCCUCUACUUGAUAGCUUGUUGGACAAGAGGAUACGUUUAAUUGACUAUGAGAAGAUGGUUGAUGCCAAAAGUGGUAGAAGGAUGGUGGCGUUUGGCAAGUAUGCGGGAGUUGCAGGCAUGAUCAACAUCCUACACGGAUUGGGAUUGAGGAUGUUGGCUCUUGGGCAUCACACUCCAUUCAUGCACAUAGGACCAGCUCACAACUACAGAAACAGUUACGUGGCCCAAGCCGCCAUCCGAGAUGCUGGAUAUGAAAUUGCACUUGGCAUGAUGCCAAAGUCUAUGGGACCGUUGACGUUUGUCUUUACUGGAUCAGGCAAUGUUUCAUUGGGUGCUCAAGAGAUGUUCAGGAACCUUCCACAUGAGUAUGUCAGUAUUGAACAUCUGCCAAAAGUGGCAAGGCAUGGAAACACAAACGUUGUGUACGCCUGUGUUGCUGACAUGGAAGAUAACCUGGUGAGGAAGUUGGAUGGAGGAUUUGAUAGGGACGAGUACAUCAAGUUCCCUGAAAGAUAUGCUUCAACGUUCAGCAAGAAGAUUGCGCCAUAUGCCUCUGUCAUCAUCAACGGCAUCUACUGGGCGCCUGGUGCUCCACGUCUCAUCACCAUUCCCGAUGCAAAAAACCUCCUUCGUCACCCUGACACCCCCAUCGUUGAGAAGAGCCCCGGCUGUCCACACCUCCCCCACAGGUUGCUGGCCAUCUGCGACAUAUCUGCUGAUCCUGGUGGCUCCAUUCAGUUCAUGAAGGAGUGCACAACAAUCAACCAUCCAUUCCAGCUCUAUGACGCUGAACAACACAUUGAAAGGGAGAGUUUCUCAGGAAAUGGAGUGUUGAUAUGUUCAAUAGAUAACAUGCCAGCUCAGCUGCCCAGAGAAUCUUCUGAAUUUUUCGGAGGUCUCCUCAUGCCUUUUAUACACGACAUAGUACUCUCUGAUGCCAAAUCUCCAUUUCAUCAGUUCAAUGCGGGCUCAGUUGUCAGGGAUGCAGUCAUAACAUCUAAUGGAGAACUGACUCCAAACUUCAAAUACAUCCAAGAUCUUAGAGAACAAAAACUGAAGAGAGCUGCCUUGACUCACGCUUACCAGGAGGCGAACAGGAAAGUGUUGUUGCUGGGAGCUGGUUAUGUUUCCACUCCUGUUGUGGAGUACCUAACCAGGGACCCUAAGAUUGAAGUCACCGUUUGUUCGAAUGUGAAAUCGGAAGUGGACAAACUUGUGGCCAGCUACCCACGCACAUCUCCAGCGUUGGCUGACAUCAUCAAAUCGCCUGAUGAACUGGAAAAGCUUGUGAAAUCUCACGAUCUUGUUAUCAGUCUCCUUCCCUAUCAGUUCCAUCCUGAUGUUGCAAAGUUGUGCAUAGAACACCACAAGAACAUGGUCACUGCAAGUUACAGGUCUCCUGCUAUGGCUGAUCUGCACAAAGCUGCCGUGGAGGCUGGCAUCACGGUUGUAAAUGAAGUCGGCGUGGACCCAGGCAUCGACCACAUGCUGGCCAUGGACAGCUUCGAUGAAAUCAAGGCUCACGGAGGGAAGGUGACGUCAUUUGUGUCGUGGUGCGGAGGAUUGCCUGCUCCUGAAUGUUCCGGCAAUCCGCUCAGAUACAAGUUCAAUUGGAGUCCCAGAGCCGUGCUGCUUAAUGUCCUGAGCAGUGCCAAGUUCUUAAAGAAUGGCAAGAUUGUAGAAAUUUCUGGAAACGGAAAUUUAUUGAAAGAAGGGCUGGUUAACUUGGAUUUCCUACCUGGAUUCAACUUGGAAGGCUUUCCAAACAGGGACUCCCUGUUGUACAGGGAGUUGUACAACAUCGAAAACGUGCACACCAUGUUGAGGGGUACAAUCAGGUACAAGGGUUUUUCGAGGGCUGUUCUUGUUCUGCACAAGUUAGGCCUCAUUGAUCCCGAACCUAACUUGAUGUUGAACCAGUCCUCAAAGGAUAUCACAUGGAAAGAGUUUCUCUGCCACAUUGUGGGUAAGAAUCCAACAAUACUGACUGACUCAUUGAGGGAUGCCCUGAGAGAAUAUGUGGACGACGAAAUCACUGGAGCCGUGCUAGAUGGCUUGGGACUUCUUGAUUGCGAUCAUUUGCUGGACAAGAAGAACACACCUCUUGAUACUCUCUCCAGUUAUCUGGCCAAGAAACUUGCAUAUGAGCCCGGUGAGAAAGAUGUGCUGAUAAUGCGACACGACGUUGGCAUACAGUGGCCUGACAAGAGUGAAGAAAUGGAGCACAUCAAUUUCGUCAUCUACGGCAUGCCAUACAAAUAUUCAGCCAUGUCUGCAACUGUCGGAUUCCCAACUGCCAUUGCGGCCAAGAUGGUUCUGCAAGGCGAGAUCCAAGAGAAAGGAAUGGUUCUGCCACUGUCGCCCGACAUCUACCGACCGAUCUUGAAACGUCUGCAGGCAGAGGGACUGGCAUCGAGGGACUACAAGACCAUCCUGAAGGAAAAGCCAAGCAUGACCGACGAACAUGCCAGAUAUUAG